AUGGCGAGGAAUUUGCAGCAAGAGGUGGUACUCCACGAUGAGUCCGAGGAAGGGUCGGAUUACGAUAUGGAGGAGAGUCAGGAUCCACUGCAGGAAAGUGGAUGUACAAUCGAUGGCAGUGAUGAGGAAGAGGUCGAUGAGCUGGUUCAGGAAGACAUUGAUCGAUUUGCAGCCAGCUUCGAGGGUAUCACGAAGCAGUACAGACUCAUUAAUCGAAUCGGCGAAGGGACAUUCUCGACAGUAUACAAAGCAGAGGAUCUACUGUACGACCACUUCGAAAAUGACUGGGAUAUCGAAGAGAAGGAAAAUAACCGGUACUUGACCCCAAAUCGAAGGAAAGAGAAACGACAGCCCAGACGCAGAGCCCAUUAUGUUGCCAUAAAGAAGAUCUAUGCGACGAGCUCGCCGAUACGGAUCCUCAAUGAGCUCGAGUUGUUACACGAUUUGAGGAAAUGCCCUUCAGUGUGCCCCCUAAUCACUGCUUUCCGCGAUAAAGAUCAAGUCAUUGCUAUUCUCCCGUACUUCCAGCACCGUGACUUUCGGGAUUACUUCCGCGAGAUGUCCAUUCACGAUAUGCGCCUAUACUUCCAAAGCUUGAUAACCGCUCUCAGCUCUGUACAUCGUCAUUCUAUUCUCCAUCGCGACAUCAAGCCAACCAACUUUCUAUAUUCGCCUGAACAUGCACGUGGUGUGUUGGUCGACUUCGGCCUCGCAGAGCGGGAAGGAACGGAUUGGCAUACUUGCCUAUGCGCCUUUUCUCCAAACGAAAGAAUGAUGAAGCAACGCACGAGCAUAUAUGCAGCGAACCAACAAGAAGCUGCCGCGCAAGGGACUAAGCAACAGCCGAGUUAUCCCAAAAAUGAUUCACGACCGAGUCGGCGUGCGAAUCGGGCUGGAACAAGAGGUUUUCGGGCCCCUGAGGUACUUUUAAAGUGUACAAUGCAAACCUGUGCGAUCGAUAUGUGGAGUGUUGGAGUAGUGCUGCUCACGCUCCUUGCCAAACGCUUCCCAUUCUUUCACAGUGCAGAUGACAUUGAUGCGUUGCUCGAGCUGACAAAUGUCUUCGGGCGCAAGCGAAUACGUGAGGCGGCCAUCAUGCAUGGCCAAGUCUUUGAGACGAACAUUCCGUCGUAUAGUGAGAAUGGAUAUGGUUUCGAGAAGAUUAUAUUGUGGUGCACAGAACGGACGAAGAAAGAUGCAAAUGGGAAGCGAAUAGAAACGCUCGACCCAGAAGAAGUAGAGGCCAUUCGAUUUCUGGAGCGUCUGUUGGAUUGUGAUCCACAGAAGAGGAUAACGGCAGAUGAGGCGCUCCAGCAUCCUUUCAUUCUUGCCGCGGAUCAUGAAGACCAGGACGAUGUCGAUUUCGUAUCCCCUUGA